AUGCAGAUUCAGUUUGUUAUAUCGACAUUCUUUGUCUCGAGAGUCCUAUCUGCCAAAGUGCUAGGAGUGAGUCCCGAGAACCAGCACCUCUACGCUCCACAAGUGGCUAAAGAUGGAUCUGAAUAUUGGCAUUGUCUAAAUGACACAUCAAUCAGACUCAAUUACGAUCAGAUAAAUGACGAUAUCUGCGAUUGUCCCGAUGGAUCGGAUGAGCCUGCAACUAAUGCAUGUCCCAAACCGCCAUUCAAGUUUUACUGCGCCAACGAGGGCCAUUUCCCAGGCUACAUUGAUCAAUUUAAAUUGAACGACGGCGUGUGCGAUUACGACCUCUGUUGCGACGGCUCUGACGAGUACAAAUUGGGCCAUUGCGAGAACAAGUGCCAGGAGAUCCACCGCCAGUUUGAAGAGCACAAGUCGAAAGAGAUGGAGAUGGUGGAUAAAGCACUCAAGAAGAAACAGGCGAUUCUCCGUCUCGCUAAAACCAAGAGGAAGGCCUUGACUGAUAAAUUGAAUGCCGUCAGGGGCCAUUUACCGGAACAAAAGAUGCAUUUGAACAAAUUGAAAAUUGAAUUGGAGACUGCUGAGAUGGCCGAGCAGGAUACUUCUUCCGUGUUUGAUGUCUUGGGUGAAGAGUUCCUGGGCCUUGUUGAAAGAAUCAAUAACCACAAGCAGGACCUUUUGAGACAAGACAAGAAGUUACGGGCAUUGGAAAAGAUAUUGGAGUCGCUUUCGCAGAAUUACAACCCAAACUUUAACGAUCAAGCCGUGAAGAACUCGAUCCACAAGUACCAGGAGUACAUUUCAAACAAGGACGACGCCGUGGUGGCGGAUAUUCAUGACACAAACGAGAUGAUGAAAAAGCUCAUUGAAAAAGCCAAGUCGAUGCCACACGGACACGAAAGCUCCAUGGACUCGCCCGUGCCCGCGCCAGUGGUACCGUCAUUGGGAUAUCUUCUUCACAACUACAUUGAUUUGUUCAAGAGAAAUUUCCUCAAUAUUCAGCCCCAGGAGUACGAAUCACGGUUCUCAAGCAAUCAGUUGCAGCCGGAAAUUGAAAAAUUGGAGCAAGAGAUAGAAAAGACCGAGCAAUCAAUUAAAGCAAUUGAAGAUAAUCUCAACAGCGAGUAUGGACCUGAUGACUUUUUGCGUGCGUUCGAUAGGGUCACACUCAAGAAGAAUUUGGGCGGGUACGAGUACAAAAUCAACCUCCUCGGCUCCAUUAUGCAAGAUGAUGUUCUCAUUGGAAGAUUCCAAGAGUUUAAAGACGGGAAAAUCUAUUUCAACAACGGCGACAAAUGCUGGAAUGGCCCUAGAAGAUCAGCCGUGGUUGAAUUCACAUGCGGACACGGCCCCGAGCUAUUAUCUGUCAGCGAGCCUGAAAAAGGCCGAUAUUUGUUCGUGGUUCAGGGUGAAUCAUGGUGUGAACCAAUUACGCAACAAGACCUCGUAAAGUCAUUCAAGAUAAACUACGACUUGUUCUAG